CAAGUGUUACCGAAGAGUCAAACAAAGGCCGAGAGAUAGAACAUUAAGAGCUAAGAGAACGUCCAAGGAAGAAGCUGAGAAUCUGCAGAAGCUGCUCUCUAUCAUGAAAAGCCAGGGCUGGCUUCCUCAGGAAGGAAGUGUGCGGAAGCUCCUGUGCUCAGAUCCUUCGUGCCCAAUCUGCAAUGGUAUGGCUCUGGAAAUUCAGCAGCUGCUGGGGGGUGAGAGCAAACAGACCACUGCUAUUCCACUGAGAACAUCCCAGAGCUUUUCUUGCCUGGAGGCAUUGUCUUCAUCAAAAGUGUUGUUUGACAAGAGUUCAGAGCUCUGUUCCCAACACUCCAGAGACAUUUCACUGACGUCCAGCCUCACACCAUCACAAUCAACAGACCAGAAAUCUUCAACUCAGUCAGCUGCCCCAUCAACUGGUGAUGCCAACAUCCAAUAUUACUGUCCUGAUCAUCAUCAGCAAAAGCAGACACCUCAAGAGUCAAAUAUGUCCCAGGAUGCAGGCUCGCUGUCUUCGUCAAGUGUGGAAGAAUCCGGGGUUCCUGCAAACCAGCAAAAGAAGAGGAAGAAAAACAAGAAACUUGUCUUGAACAGUGAAGCAGCCUCAGAACCUGAAGUGGAAAAUAAGAUGACGUUCUUUUCACACUGGGUUAACCCUGAAGUGAAAUGUGAAAGGCUGGAAGAACCCAUUGUCCUACCUAAGUCUGAAGCAGAGGCCAAACCUGAAGAGCCGAAGAACCAAACUCCUGCCGGAGACCACAAUAUAAGAGCAGACGUGGAGCAGACUACGGAAGAUGCAAAGGCCAAGCCUCUCCGUGCCAAGAAGACCAACUGAUUAGCCUCCAUUCUGACAAUGCCUACACAGUUCCAGGAACACCUGCUUCGGCCCAACCAACCCUGGGGCCUCAUGGCUACUCCCACAAAUGCUUCAAAAAUUGUCCACAAUUGAUUGGUAUCACC